AUGGCCACCAGAUUUGGGUCUCAAUUCAACCAGGAGGAAGCCAAGGAAAGCUUCUGGAAAGGAGCGAGAGGAAGCCGCGGCGCGCCCAAGAAGCGGCGUAUAAAUGCAACAAACGCUUUGGACGAAUCCAAGGAACUUCCAGCGCAAGUCGCGAUAGCCAAAACCCCGCCCACGGGCCCCUCCCCGCCGCCGCCGCCCAGCCCCGCCUCCUGGGCGCGCGCCUGCGCACGGGCCGCGCCCCGCCGCCGCCGCUGCCGCCGCGCCUGCGCAAAGGCGGCCGCCGCGAGCAUUGUGGCGGGGCGGCGGCGGCGAUGGCGGCCGGUCAAGGCGGCGGUCCUGCGGCCAGCAGCGAAGGAGGCGGCGGCGGAGGAGGAGGCGGCGGGGGAGCAGGAGGGGGUCUCGGGGGCGGCUCGUCGUCCUCGUCGCUGCCGCCCCCCGCGCCCCCUCCCCCCCCCUCCGCCCCCCGCGCCCCCUCCGCCCCCCCCGCCCUGCGCCGAGCCCCCGCCGGCCUUCCCGGGGCUGCUGCCGCCGCACCUGACGCUGCCCUACCCGGCCUGGGGCGGCGGCGGCGGGGCUCUCUCCAGCGGGGCCUCCGCCGCCGCCUCCGCCGCCUCCGCCGCCGCCCCCUCGCCCGGCCGCAGCCUGGAGAAGACGCUGGAGGAGGCGGGCAGCUGCGGCCUCCUCUGCCUCAGCGGCAGGAAGCUGCGCGAGUUCUCGGCCGCCGCCGCCUACGACCUCAGCGACACCACGCAGGCCGAUCUUUCCAGGAACAGAUUUACCGAAAUCCCUCCAGAUGUGUGGCAGUUCGCGCCGCUGGAGACCUUGAACCUGUAUCACAACUGCAUCAAAUCUAUCCCCGAAGCCAUUAAAAACCUGCAGAUGUUAACAUAUCUCAACAUCAGCCGAAAUCUCCUAUCGACGUUGCCAAAAUACCUAUUUGAUCUGCCACUGAAAGUUUUGGUUGUCAGCAAUAAUAAGCUGGUGUCCAUUCCUGAAGAAAUUGGGAAGUCGAGAGACUUAAUGGAAUUGGACAUCAGUUGCAAUGAGAUCCAGGUCCUUCCCCAACAGAUAGGGAAACUGCACUCCUUAAAAGAACUCAACUUAAGAAGAAAUAAUCUCCACAUGUUACCUGACGAAUUAGGAGAGCUUCCUUUGGUCAAGCUGGAUUUCUCCUGUAAUAAAGUCACAGAGAUCCCCGUCUGCUUCCGGAAACUGAGACACUUGCAAGUCAUCGUUCUGGAUAAUAACCCAAUGCAGAUCCCGCCGGCCCAGAUCUGCUUAAAGGGCAAAGUGCACAUUUUUAAGUUCCUCAGUGUUCAGGCCUGCCUGAGAAUGGACAAGAAGCCCGAUUCCCUGGAUCUGCCCUCCCUGGGAAGACGGAUCCCUUCUCAACCGCUCACCGACAGCAUAGAAGACUUUUAUCCCAACAAAAACCACGGCCCGGACUCUGGAAUUGGCAGUGAUAAUGGGGAUAAAAGGUUAUCCACAACGGAACCAUCCGAUGACGACACGGUCAGCCUCCACUCUCAGGUGUCGGAAUCGACAAGGGAACAGACACUCCGAAAUGACAAUCAGUUGCUAGGGAACAAACCCGAAUUGCAUAAAGACCCUGAUGUGUGUGAUUACCUGGAUCCCAGCUCAGAGGAUGUGGCUGCAUGUGACCAAGGAGAUCCCCAGACCGGAUCCUCCGUCUCUUACAUUAAGGAACGAGGGAAGUCAGCUGAGAAGCCACAGAAGAAUGACCGACGUGAAGAUUGGCGCGAGGAGAAGAGCAUUCAGAAAGAAAAGGCACCAGCCGAAGAAGAUGACGACCUGAAGGAGGUGACCGACUUACGGAAAAUUGCCGCCCAGCUUCUGCAGCAGGAGCAGAAGAACAGACGGAGGCCCUUAAGCUAUAGAGGUUCCUUCAGCGAAAAGCUUUUCCAGAGGACCAGGGUGGCAGGACGCGCCUCAAGGCUCCUGAAUCACUCCACCCCGACAAGCACGAGAAACCGACCAAAACAGACUGUGGACACAGAAAAAAGCCUUUCUGCAGACGAAGCAAAUUCUCCGUCUUCCCCCUGCAGCUGGCAGUCUCUGGAAAAUCAGAAGGGACACCCGGACGGCCCCCGUUGGCCAGAUUUGCAGCCGGUCAUCUGGCAGAACGAGGAAAGGCGGCGGAGCAAGCAGAUCAGGAGGGAGUAUUUCAAAUACAAGUCUUCGCGGAAGAGCUCCAGUGGAAACGAAAACGACGAGCAAGACAGUGAUCAUGCUAAUGUGUCUCCACAGUCUCCCGUCUCAUCCGAGGAUUAUGACCGGGCAGACGGGAGUCCCCAUGGCCCUUUUGGGUUGAAGCCCCGAUCAGCGUUCGGGCGUUCUCGUCAAGACUACAGCACGGUGGACCCCGGAUUCACCAUGAGGAGGAAAAUGGAGCACCUGCGGGAAGAAAGGGAGCAGAUUAAACAACUGCGCAGUAACCUGGAGUCGCGGCUGAAGGUCAGCUUGCCCGAGGAUAUCGGAGCCGCUCUCAUGGACGGGGUGGUCCUCUGCCACCUGGCCAACCACAUCAGACCGCGCUCCGUGGCCAGCAUUCACGUCCCGUCACCGGCUGUGCCUAAGCUCAGUAUGGCAAAAUGCCGAAGAAACGUUGAAAACUUCCUGGACGCUUGCAAAAAACUGGGCGUGGCGCAGGAAAGGCUCUGCUUGCCCCAUCACAUUUUGGAAGAGCGAGGACUGGUCAAGGUCGGACUCACGGUUCAGGCACUGCUGGAGAUCCCUUCUUCCAAAGCGUCGCAGCUCUCCUGCCUGUAGCGGGGCUCCUGGGGAAGGAACUGGCCGCCGUGGCACCCGUGGGACCCUCCCAGGCCUUCCCGCUCCGUCCAGGGGAAUCUGUCAAGCCAUUCGCCCUCAGGGCUCUCCAGGGGCUGCUGUGUCUUGAGAACCGGGGUGUCCCAAUUCCCUGGGAGCGUAACAAAAACGAAAUAAUUCCUAUUUUCUUUUUUUAACCACGAGAGCCAUAAGAGAUUUCGAGGCCAUCAGAUUCUCUUCCCAGGUAGGAGCCCCGUCCUGUCUUCGCCCCCUCAGCUGCCCGUCAAGCCUUCGUUGUCGUGUUGUUUUUUUAACGGACUUUGUAAAAGGAGUACUUGACUUCAACCUCGCAGUUUUGACGAGGGAAGCCCGAGGCCAGAGCUUUUGAGGAAUGCUUACUCUAGGGGAGCAUCAUCUGAUGCAGCCUUUCAUGGACCUUACGGAGCGAGGCAGCUUCCAAAAAUGGCAUUUGCGUUCAAAAGUUUUGACAGGUAUCGUUUUCCACGUACGCUCGCAAAAUAAUCAGACGUCACUAGGGCAUCAUAGAAAAUCCGGACAAGCAUCAACGGAAACAGUUUGACCAGUUCUGAGAAGAUUUGCAUCCUUCAUUUUUUUGCACUUCUUAACUGAUGUACCCAUUUCCGAUACUUUAGUUGGGUGUAUGUUGGCGAUGACAGAAUAGUUAUUCAAUAUAAAGGACAAAUUGUGUGGGAGUUUAUUUUUUUCCUUCAGUAUUCUAGAUUGGUGCCAAAAUACUUUUCAGUUGUACUGUAGAUUGUUAACCUGUGAAGUGCCUGUGUAAUAACUCUUUUUCCUAGUCUUAAAACAUUUUUGCAAGUUCCUUUACGUCUGAAUAGAUGCAAUGCGUAUUUUUAAAUAUUAGGGGUUUUUUUGGUUUUUUUGUAAGAUAGGUCAUGCGUGAAGUUUAAAGGACUAACAUCUGAAUGUUGGAUGUUCUUCAGUUUGCACACUUUGAAUUUAUUAAGUUUGGUUGUUAGGGGGGAAAAAAUUGUAAAUACGCUUUUUAUUUAUCAUAUUUAAUUUGAUACGUAAUCAUUUUUAAUGUAUUUGUUGGGUCGGUGGAUGUUUCGAGAAAUUAUUUUCCUCCUCUGGGAGAAAUAACGACUUGUAGGGUUUUUUUAACGGAGAAUCCUACGGAAGAGUGUUAGUUCAAAAGUUUUCAAGUAAAACUGCCAAAAAAAAAAAAAGAGAGAGAGAGAGGUUUUUUUUUUAAAAAGAAAGAAAUAAUAAUCUCAGGUUUAUAUCGUGAUAGCCAGGAUUUCAUUCAAUCUUUCGUUGUCGUGGUGGUUGAAUGAGGAAUGUGGCGAAGUAGAGGAAAGAUGAAUAAUCUUGAUCAGAUAUCUGCCCCCCCCAAACCCCCACCCCCGCCAGCCCGUUUAAGGGUGGAACAAUUCUGUGUUGUGGUGGCAAUCCCCUAAUCUCUCUACCCACCCAACCCACUCCAGUGUUGUUGCCAAGGUUGUGUGUGUGUGUGUGUGUGUUUAAGAAGGAAGGAGAUUCAGCCGGGGGGGGGGGGGGAAUGGGAAGGAAGAAUUGGUGUGUGUGUGUGUGCAUGACAACUUGGGAGAUGUCAUCUCUCAUGGUCUCUUCCAUUGCCACCUUUCAAGAGAGCAGCCAAUGUUAACAAGCUAUACACACACACACACACACACACAACCCAUCUUCUUUCGGUAUUGCUGUUCAUUUGGGGAGCUGUUUUAGGCCCUGCCUGCUUGAGAGAGAGAGAGAGAGAGACCCCAAACCCUCCAAGUUCCAUCCAGAGUCCUCCCUUCCCGUCCCUGCAGAGGUCGUCCCCCCCCCCACACACUCCAGGGCCCACCAGCAGGAAGGGGAAUCCUCCCCCUGGCAUUCGGAGAGGCCGAGAAAUAAGCUUUGCCUUGCUCCGUUUUUAACAUCUGCAUUUCCGUUGCUCCCCUUGGUAGCGAUUUAAAGUUCAGGUUUUUUGCCCCUUUUCAAGACUCCCUUCAGUUGGAUGGAAUUCUCUUCUCUUGCUGGAACGAUUUAAGAAAUAAAAUUCUUUGCACUUUUUCUUUGCCCAAAGUUGACGAAGCGUGUUGCGGGAUUGCGGAGACGGUCGUACACAACGAUCUCUUCCCCAACCUCCCAGCCCCACGUGAAAAGUGCGUCUCGGCAACACUUUUCCCCCAACGUUGCAACGGGGGUGGGGGGUGGGAACCCCCUGAUGAAAUGGGGGACGUAUUGAAUCUAGGGAAGCUUUUAAAGAGGGUUUUCUUUAAAUUGAAUUCUUAUUUAUUUCCAUUUCGGCAGCGGGAGGAAAGGUCAGAAAAGACAGGACUCUUGUCUUCGGGUAGCUUUGGGAGAGAGAUCGAUUUGCCGGGGGGGGCAUUUGCUUCCUCUUCCCAAUG